AUGAUCUCGGGCCAAAGUAGGUUGCCGUUGCUGGCUGGAGCCAAGCCUAAAAGUUUGGUUUUGGUGUGCCCUGGGGCCUUCAACCCGGUUUCGUAUGUUCAUUUGAGGUUGUUUGGUAUGUUGAUAUACACAAGGUUAUUUAAGUUCUAAUUCUGAUGGUGCAACUAUUUAUUUUGGGCUAAAAUUUAAAAUAUGAUUAUACACAGUAAAUUUAAAACUUUAGAGCGUGCCAAAGAUUACCUUGAAAAGACCUUAGGACAUACAGUAAUCGAAGGUGUGUUCUCUCCAUUUUCUGAUAAGAACGUCAAACCUGACCUCAUAUCAUCUCGACAUCGAGUAAAGAUGUUACAACUGGCAAACCAGAGUAGCCACUGGAUACGGUAAGGACUUAGCUACCUAUACCACCCUUUAAUAUUGUGUAUAUACUACAAUAUCAAUUUGAUUUUUAUGAUUUCUGAUCAUUGAAGUCAUAAUAAUCCUACUUUCAGAACAGACGACUGGCAGACACGUCAACUUGAUGAGCCUACAACUCUUAUGAUUCUACAUCACUAUCAAGCAUACUAUGAUAAGUUACAUGGUCCUGGUAAUAUGCACGUUAUGUUGUUGUGUGGUGCUGAUAUCAUAGAAGGUUUUGCUUCCAACAAACCCUACUAUGAUCAGACCAGUAAAAUUGCUGACGACGAUGUAAGUUUUUACUGUAAGACAACUUUAUAUUACCUAAAUAUAUCCUCAGUAGCAUAAAAACAUUGUAUUUUUCAGUUAGAAUCUCUGGUGUCCAAAUUUGGUGUGAUAUCGAUUAAUCGACCGUUAACAAAUCCUCUUCGUAUCAUUUACUCUGUUGAUAUCCUAAGGAGAUACGAGGUAGGCUUUGUUAUUUUAUGUAUAACUCUGAGUAAGAAACAACCUAUCUUUGACAAGUUAUUGUAGAAAAACAUAUACGUGGUCGACGACGAGACAAGUCCAUCAACACUGUCAUCAACAAGACUAAGGACGGCUUUACGAAGACGAGAGAGCAUCAAGUAUUGUACUCCAGAUAUUGUCAUAAAGUAUAUUAGCGAACACGGCCUUUAUAAGUAAGGAAACACACAAUUAUUAAAACCUUAACUACAAUUUAAAAGUAUUUAAAAGUAAUUAUAGUAAAGUAUGUAAAACCAAAGUAAAUCUAAAACCUUCAGACCACUGCUCGAAACAGUACUAGAACCUCGAGAUCGACCUGAAAGCCUAACCCUGGAUGAAUUAUACGAUUUGUCCACGCGAUGGGCAGACUACUUUACUACAGAAUUGGAGAAACAGUAUAUGACAGAAUCGACACAAAGUCUUCCUAUGACCAGAACUCGAAAUUUGUCACCUCCGAAGUCACCUAAAUCAAAGUCGGUGUCCUUCGCUGAUGGUCAAGAUAGAGCUCCGAGUACUGUGUCUGAACCGAACCUGACUGGUCGACCAGGGAUGAAGUUAAAGUAUCGACAGUAUAAUUUGACGGCCACGCCAGAAACUACAGUAUGA